CUUAUCCCUCCCCCCCUCUUCCUUUUCUUUUCUUCUUGCACCUCUCGUCCCCUCCCUCACCCUUCUCCGGUCCAUUCUUCUUUCCUUCUCCCCAUCCAUCCUCACCCACACUCGCUAUCCCAUCAUGACUGGCCCUAUCGAUGUCCGGGCAUACCUGGAAAACACUCUCAAGAAGCGGAUCAUGUUUAUCGAUGGCGCCAUGGGAACUAUGAUCCAGCGUCUGCGACUGACCGAGGAAGACUUCCGAGGCGAGGAGUUCAAGAACCACCCCAAGGAUCUAAAGGGUAAUAACGACAUGCUGGUCUUCACCCAGCCAGAUGCAAUCGAACUCAUUCAUUGGCAGUAUCUGGACGCAGGAGCAGACAUGGUUGAGACCAACACCUUCUCGUCCACCUCGAUUGCGCAGCUCGAUUACGGUCUUGAGAAAGAAGCCUACCGCAUGAACAAGGUGGCAGCAGAGGUCGCUAAGCGUGCCUGUGACAAGAUGACCGCACGUACGCCAGAUCGUCCUCGAUUUGUUUGCGGAGCGCUCGGACCCACCAACAGGACAUGCUCCAUCUCACCAUCUGUCGAGAACCCAGCCUACAGAAACGUCACCUUUGACGAGCUCGUCGAGGCUUACCAGGAACAGACUAAGGGUCUCUUGGACGGAGGCGCAGACAUCCUCCUGGUCGAGACAAUCUUCGAUACCCUCAACGCCAAGGCUGCACUCUUUGCGAUUGAUCUCUGCUUCGCUGAAGGAUGUCGUCGGACACCCGUCUUCGUCUCUGGUACCAUUGUUGAUAUGUCAGGACGUACCCUAAGUGGACAAACCGGAGAGGCGUUCGUUAUUUCCAUGAAGCAUGCAGAUUACUUCGCCAUCGGCCUCAACUGCGCCUUGGGAGCCGACCAGAUGCGCCCUUUCAUCUACAAUAUUGGACAGGCCGCCAAGUCUCAUGUCAUCUGUUACCCCAACGCUGGUCUUCCCAACGCUUUCGGAGAGUAUGACGAAUCACCCGAGGCCAUGGCCAAGCAAGUCGAAGUUUUCGCAAAGGAGGGACUCGUUUCGAUCAUUGGUGGAUGCUGCGGUACCACACCCGACCAUAUUCGUGCUAUCGCCAAUGCCUGCAAGCCACACGCGCCUCGUAAAUUUGAGGAGGAUCCUGUUAUCAGCAGCAUGUGGUUGUCUGGACUGGAACCCUUGAAGGUCGAUCAGUCAUCCAACUUUAUCAACAUUGGAGAGCGUUGUAAUGUCGCAGGAUCGCGCAAGUUCGCUCGCCAUGUGCUGAAGGGCGAAUACGAUGAGUGUCUGGCCAUUGCGCGUUCCCAAGUCGAGAACGGAGCCCAGGUGGUCGAUGUCAACUUUGACGAGGGAAUGUUGGACGGAGUCGCCGCCAUGACUCGAUUCCUGAACUUGCUCAGCAGUGAUCCCGAUGUCAGCAAGGUGCCACUCAUGAUCGAUUCAUCCAACUUUGCUGUAAUCGAGGCAGGUCUCAAGUGUGCGCAGGGCAAGUGCAUUGUCAACAGUAUCUCGCUCAAGGCCGGAGAGGAAGAGUUCAUCCGCCAGGCGACCAUUGUUCGAAGAUACGGUGCUGCCGUCGUUGUUAUGGCUUUCGACGAGGUCGGACAGGCUGAUACCGCGGAUCGCAAAUUCGAGAUCUGCUCGCGCUCGUAUCAUAUUCUCGUAGACCAGGUCGGAUUCAACCCCAACGACAUCAUUUUCGACCCCAACAUCCUGACGAUCUGUACCGGUAUGGAAGAGCACAACAACUACGGAGUCGAAUUCAUUGAAUCGAUCAAACUCAUCAAGGCCAACCUGCCCGGCGCCAAGAUCAGUGGAGGUGUUUCCAACUUAUCCUUCUCAUUCCGUGGCAUGGAUAUCAUUCGUGAGGCCAUGCAUAGUGUGUUCUUGUACCAUGCAAUCAAGGUCGGCAUGGACAUGGGUAUCGUCAACGCUGGCUUCUUGACUGUAUACGAUGACAUCCCCAAGGAUCUCUUGCAGCUAUGCGAGGACGCUGUCUGGAACCGUGACCCCGAGGUCACUGACAAGCUGCUUGCCUAUGCCCAAGCCAAUGCCAAGGGUGCCAAGAAAGAGGCCGAGACCGAGGAGUGGAGAACCAGGCCAGUUGCUGAACGCCUGGCUUAUGCUUUAAUCAAGGGAAUUGUCAAGUACGUUGUCGAGGACACCGAGGAGGCUCGCCAGGACAGCAAAAAGUACCCUCGUCCCUUGAAUGUCAUCGAAGGACCCUUGAUGAACGGUAUGAGUACCGUCGGAGACCUCUUUGGCGCCGGUAAAAUGUUCUUGCCUCAAGUCAUUAAGUCUGCUCGUGUGAUGAAGACAGCGGUCGCGCAUCUCAUCCCAUUCAUGGAGGAGGAGCGCCUGAGGAACAUUGCAGAGAAGGGUUUGGCGGACGAUGACAACUGGUACUCGGGCACUGUUUUGAUGGCCACCGUGAAAGGUGAUGUGCACGAUAUCGGAAAGAACAUUGUAGGUGUCGUCUUGGGCUGCAACAACUACAGGGUCAUUGACUUGGGUGUAAUGACACCUUGCGAGAAGAUUAUCGAGACAGCAGUCAAGGAGAAGGUCGACAUCAUCGGACUCUCGGGACUGAUUACGCCUUCGUUGGACGAGAUGAUCCACGUCGCUAAAGAGGCCGAGCGUGCUGGAUUGAAGGUGCCUAUCCUAAUUGGUGGCGCAACGACCUCUAAGACUCACACAGCCGUCAAGGUCGCGCCUCGCUACACCCAGCCAGCUAUUCACGUUCUGGAUGCGUCCAAGAGUGUUGUCGUGGUAUCAAGUUUGUUGGAUGAGAAGGUGCGCGAGGAAUUUAUCGAGGACAUUAAUGAGGAAUACGAGGAGAUUCGUGAGGACCACUACGAUGGACUCAAGGACCGCCGUUAUCUCACCUUGGCGGCGGCGCGGGAGCAGAGACUGGUGCUGGAUUGGAACCAGGAAAAGAUUGUCAAGCCAUCGUUCCUGGGCACGAAGGUGUUCAAGGACAUUGACCUCAACUCGGUGGUGAGGCAUAUUGAUUGGAACCCGUUCUUCCAGGUGUGGCAGCUGCGCGGCAAAUAUCCCAACCGCGGAUAUCCCAAGAUCUUUAACGACGAGACCGUGGGUGCGGAGGCUAAGAAGCUGCACGAGGAGGCAUUAGCGAUGAUGAAGACCAUGAUCGAUAAGAAGCAGCUGAGAGCAACAGGCAUUGUUGGAUUCUAUCCCGCUAACAGUGUGGGCGAUGAUAUCGAGAUUUACGAGGAUGACUCACGGUCGAAGGUCGUGGCCAAGUUUUACGGUCUUCGCCAACAGGCCGAAAAGGAGAAGGAGUCGAAUGAGAAGUACAUGUGUCUGUCCGAUUUUGUCGCACCAAAAGAGAGCGGCAUUGCCGACUACCUGUCGAUGUUUGCGGUCUCUUCAGGGUUUGGAUGCGAUGAGCUGUGCGAGCAGUUCAAGGCGAAUCACGAUGACUAUGGUUCGAUCAUGGCAAAAUCUCUGGCGGAUCGUCUGGCGGAGGCGUUCGCAGAGAAGCUGCACGAGGACAUUCGUCGGGAGCACUGGGGCUAUGCACCGGACGAGGCGAUGGAUGUUACAGACAUGCUGUCGAUCAAGUACCAGGGUAUCCGGCCUGCGCCUGGAUAUCCAUCGCAACCUGAUCACACAGAGAAGCUGACGAUGUGGCAGCUGGGUAACAUUGAAGCACAGACGGGCAUUAGUCUGACGGAAUCGCUGGCGAUGGACCCUGGCGCGUCUGUAUCGGCGAUCGUGUUUGGACGCGGACAGUACUUUGCAGUAGGCAAGAUCUCAGAGGAUCAAGUGACGGACUAUGCGGCGCGUAAGAAUAUGGGCAAGCGUGAGCUCGAGACAUGGCUCGGGUCGAUCCUUGCCUACGAUAACGAAUAGAUUCUUUGUUGGAUAAAUAGUCUACGGACUUUGAUUGCAAAUGUAUCUCUCCCAAGUGUGCA